CACUUCCAUGAGUUGCAUGGUUUGUUUGUCAAUUAUUGCCAAAGUUGUGUGUUAAGUAAAUAGAAAGAGUGUCUCCUGCACUUCAAAAUGAAGAAAAGAAUCAAUAAAUCUGAAAGGAAAUUUCAGUAUGCAGGAAGAUUGCAACAAUCUGGUCAGAAACCUAAGGAUUUAAACCUGCAUGCAAGAUCCCAGUGGCAAUGGACUUGGACUAAAAUGGGACUACUUUCUCUCUGCAUCCUCUCUGUAUCAAUACCACUUCUUCUGCAUCUCCUCUCUGACUCUAUUGACCUCAGCCGACCAUCAGAUAUAGGGCUCAAUCACACUAUAAACAUGUACCUCACACCUGAGGAGGGGGUGAGAGUGGGCGUGUGGCACACUGUACCUGAACAUAGAUGGAAGGAGGCGCAGGGGAAAGAUCUAGACUGGUAUGAGAAAGCUCUGGGGGACGGAUCGCCCAUUUUCAUCUACCUCCAUGGCAAUGGGGGUAACAGGCAAGAAAACUUUUAUUGGAAGUUCCCAUACAUUCAGUACUUCUUGUUCAAUCCACUGAAAAACAAAGAUUUGAACCUUCCAACUGAUGAGAAUUUGCAAAAAAUUCAAACUCCCCUCAUGAUUCUCCACGCUGAAGAUGACCAUUUAGUGCCCUUUGCCUCAGCUCAAGAGAUCUACAGAAUUGCAAAAAAGGCCCAAAACUCAGAUGAGCAUGUCAAGCUAGUACGAUUUGAUGGAGCGCUUGGAUACCUUCAUAAUGUGCUGUAUAAAGACCCUGGUUUGCCAAAUAUCAUAAGGGAGUUUAUGCAGUCACUGAUGACAUGAGAGAUACACACAGAAGGAGGAGGAUUUACACCAACUAAUAACUGGCUAAAUAGCUGUACAUCUGGUGCUAUAACUGUAAAUUUAGUUGUUUUAAACAGUAUGCACUUCUUGGAUAUAAAACAUUGUAAUAUCUGAAGUAAAUUUUACACUGGGAGUCCCCCCAUCAAGAUAAAUUUAUUGUCUUGUUAAUAUUUAUAACAUUUAAAUCUUUCAAGACUGCAGUGAAACCUUUUUCACAAUGCAUAAUAAAAUCAGUUGUAUAGUU